AUGAAAGGGAAUAGUCAAACAGAUCCUUUAUUCAAAGAGAAAGAAUUACCAGUAGCACCUAUAAAUCAAAUUAAUCCUGAAAUAAAUUUCAAUCAACAACAAUCAAAUAAUAAUCUAAUGUUGAAUGGCAAGUCAUUAGAUCGUAAGAAUUGUAAGAAAUUAUCAUUAGAUUCGGCAGCUUCUACUACUUCCGUAAUUGAUAAUGACCAAGUACUAAUUGAUGAUUCAUUAUACAUUAAAGAACCAAAAAGUUUAAGACAAAAACGACAAAGAGCAGCACCAAUACUAAAUCUACCACAAUCUACUCCAUGUACAAUCUCAACAAUAUCGAAUGAUUCAAUAAUUGAUAAACCUAUAUCUCCAUCACAUUCAAAUGGCAAUAUAAUAAGUCAAAUGAUAAAUCGACCCACUGCCACUAAUAGAAAUUCAAGUUCAGAUAGUAAUAAAACUUUGAAUAUAAGUAAGAGGAUCAAUGUUGAUGAUUCUAUAAAUUAUCAAAUGUCAAAUUUGAAUUUAAAAAACACUCAAGAGAAUAAUAAUAAUGGUGGUCAUGGAAAAAAUAAUCAUAAUCGAAAAUCCCGCCAGACUAUUAUAUCCUCAAUAUCUCCAACAAAAUCAACAAGCUCAUCACCAAUACAUUCUUCGAACACCACCUCACAAGUUUAUUUAAAUUUUGACAAUCAAUCACCAAUUUCAACUACAUCAAGUUUAAAAUUAAAUAAUGCAGAUUUAAUAACUUUGAAACAAUUGGGUUCAGGUAAUUCAGGUACGGUAUCAAAGAUUUUACAUUUACCUAGUCAAAAAAUCAUGGCUAAAAAGAUUAUACACAUUGAUUCAAAAUCAGUAAUACAAACGCAAAUUAUUCGAGAAUUGCGAAUUUUACAUGAAUGUCAAUCACCAUUUAUAAUUGAGUUUUAUGGAGCUUUUUUAAAUAAUAAUAAUACAAUUGUGAUAUGUAUGGAAUAUUGUAAUUGUGGAUCUUUAGAUAAAAUUUUACCGUUAUGUGAUAAUCGACAAUUUCCAUUAAUUGUAUUAAAGAAGUUGUCUUUUGCAAUAUUAUCUGGAUUAACUUAUUUAUAUGAAACUCAUAAAAUUAUACAUAGAGAUAUUAAACCAAAUAAUGUAUUAAUGACUCAUAAAGGUGAAUUUAAGUUAUGUGAUUUUGGAGUAAGUAGAGAAUUGACAAAUAGUUUAGCAAUGGCAGAUACUUUUGUUGGAACUUCAAUGUAUAUGUCACCAGAAAGAAUUCAAGGUUUAAAAUAUGGAAUUAAAUCAGAUGUUUGGUCAAUGGGAUUAAUGUUGAUUGAAUUAGCAAGUGGUUUACCUGUUUGGUUAGAUGAAGAUGAACAAGAUUUUUCAGGUUCUGAUUCAAAUAGAAGUUUUAGAGGACCAGAAGGAAUAUUAGAUUUAUUGCAAAGAAUAGUUAAUGAAAAAGCACCAACAUUGACAAAUAAAAUCAAUCCUGUCAAUUCAAUACCUUAUGAUUCAAAAUUAUGUGAAUUUAUAGAUUUUUGUUUAAUUAAAAAUGAUCAAUUAAGAAAGUCUCCAUGGCAAUUAUUACAAGAUAAUAAUGGAUUUUUAAAAGGUAUAGAACAAGGUAUAUACAAUAAAGAACUUAAAAAUUGGGCUAAAAAAAUACGUAAACAAAGUAAAGAAAAGAAAUAA